GGACUGUCCUCCAGUAUUGUGGUCUCGCCACAGCGGGGCAACCCGGUGCUGAAGUUCGUCCGCAAUGUCCCCUGGGAGUUUGGUGACAUCGUCCCUGACUAUGUGCUGGGCCAGAGCACCUGUGCCCUCUUCCUGAGCCUGCGGUACCACCACCUCAACCCCGGCUACAUCCAUGACCGCCUGCGGCACCUGGGCAGGAGCUACAGGCUGCAGCUGCUGCUGCUCCAGGUUGAUGUGAAGGAUCCGCACCAGGCACUGAAAGAACUGGCGAAGAUUUGCAUCCUGGCUGACUGCACCCUCCUGGUGGCCUGGAGCCCCGAGGAGGCCGGGCGGUACUUGGAGACCUACAAGGCCUAUGAGCAGAAGCCGCCUGACCUGCUGAAGGAGCGGGUAGAGCAGGAUUUCCUCUCCCGGAUGACUGACUGCCUGACCAGUGUCAAGUCGGUGAACAAGACAGAUGCGCUCAGCCUCCUCACUGCCUUUGGGGUGAGUUUGCGGGGACCUGCCACCUUCCCUGGGGCACACUGGGGACAGGAGGACCUGUCCCUCUGCCCUGGUGUCGGGCCCCAGAAGGCCAAGCGGCUCUUUGACGUUCUGCAUGAGCCCUUCCUCAAGCUCCCCAAAUGA